CAUGGCCUGGCUGCCUGUAGUGAUGCCCCCCCGGAGGCGCGUCUCGGGUUAUCAUGCGAAGUGUUCCCAUAAUUCUCUUCCUCUUCUUCUUCUCUUCUGCUUCCUCACUUCCUACCGGCCCAGUCAAUCGCUCCUUGUCGUCAAUCGAGUCCUUGUACUCUCCACGCUCUUUUCAGCAACAAACGGGAUCCUGUAGAUAGAAUACCCGCAACACUCAUUCUUUGCGCAAAGCAAUAAUCGCAGCCAGCUUUUUAACAAGCAUAAUUUUAUCGUCGGAUUCAUCCACACACCUUCUUUCGGGAUGCGUUCAAUCACUUUCGCCGCCGUGUGGCUUCUCGUCGCCGGCCAAGCCCUUGCUAUCGAUCAUCGCACGCAGUUCGAGCGGAGGCAUACACAUCACAAGCUCCACAAGAAAGAUGCUUUGCCCGUUUUUAACGUCGCCGGAUCCGGUAUUACCAAGAGGUCGACUUGCGAGUUCCCCAAGGGAGAGGGAAUGGUUGAGGUUGCGCCGAAAGGAAUGAACGGCGGAUGGGCCAUGUCCCCAGAUCAACCUUGCAAGCCUGGAAUGUACUGCCCAUACGCAUGCCCACCUGGUCAGCUCAUGGCACAAUGGAAUCCGGAUGCAACAGAAUACAAGUACCCUCAGUCAAUGGAUGGUGGGCUGUACUGUGACGAGGAUGGAAAUGUCUCCAAGCCGUUCCCCAAUAAGCCAUAUUGCUAUGAUGGUGUUGGAACAGUCCAGUGCAAGAACACAGCUGGUGCAUCGGUUGCCAUUUGCCAGACUGUCCUGCCUGGGAAUGAGGCCAUGCUGAUCCCAACCAACGUCGAUGGCGAGGCCAUUCUUGCCGUUCCCGGUACCGAUUACUGGGCCAAGACCGCUGCACACUACUAUGUCAACCCUCCUGGAGUUAGCACCACAGAAGGCUGUGUCUGGGGCACCAAGGAUAAGCCGGUUGGAAAUUGGGCUCCCUAUGUUGCUGGUGCCAAUGCUAUGGAUGAUGGAGAGACUUUCGUGACCGUCGGAUGGAACCCCAUCUACAUCGAGCCUGAUGUCGCCUUCCGUGAUGAGAUGCCAAAUUAUGGUGUCCGCAUUGAGUGCGACGGCGACUGCAAUGGCCUCCCCUGUGAAAUCGACCCCAGCAAGCACGGCGUCAACGAGGUUUCCCAGAAUAACCCACCAGGAGCUGGUGGUGCCAACUUCUGUGUCGUCGGUGUUCCCAAGGGCUCAACAGCAACCAUCGUUGUGUUCAGCAAGGACGGAAAAUCUGAAGAUGUCCCAGUCGCUUCUCCGAAAGACGAUGAGGAGGAGGAGGAGGAGGAGGAUGAGGAGCCAGAGCAGGAGGAGGAAGAGGAGGAGGAAGAAGAAGACAAAGAGGAGGUUGAGGUUGAGGUUGAGGUGUACUCCAAGGCCGACGACAAGGAAGCUGGAGGGGAUGAUGAGAAGGAGAUCCCAGAUAAAUCUUCGUCGUAUGUUGCCCCAUCCGAAACUUCUUUGGCAUCACCCAAGCCCACAUCUUCGUCAUCCAGCUCUGCAACCGCCACUAGCACCGACUCGGAAACCUCGACAUCGUCCUCAGACUCGGAAGAGACCUCAUCGUCGGACUCCUAUCACGAGAGUAAGAAGCCGAGUACCUCGUUUUACACGACCUCAAAGCUCAGUUAUGAAGCGUCUGCUACGGGCGGCAGUUACGCAGCAAGCGCAACCGGUACGAACGGCACUCGAACGUCCCCCAACAUCCCCCUCGACGACAAUCUUGCGUCGUCCGCUAGCUCAAUCGGGCUAUCCACGCUCGUCCUCGGCCUGAUAGCCUCGAUCGCCGUAGCGUUCAGCGCCUCAUUCGAGUAAUCGCCCCUCCUGAUGAUUUUGGUUGGUGUCAUUUCUCUUCUUGCUCUAGUUUGUUUUGCCUGAAAUACCCCCCCUCUUCAGCGCACACUUUGAUGGAUUGAUGUUUUGAGACGAGAACGAUAUUGGCGUGUGGUGUUU